AUCUGAUUGUAUGGUGGAUAUUGGUUCUAUCUCAAACACACAGAGAGAGAGAGAGAGAGAGAGAGAGAGAGAGAGAGAUUAGGGUGUUAAGAGUGGGUUUAAGAGAGGGAUUUAGGUCUACCAACUGGUUGUUAGGGAUUGAAGCUCCUUAACCACAAUUUAUAUAUUCCGACAAAAUUCAGAGGAAAAAAAAAUAAACCAAACUCCAUACAUUUGCAAUUUUUUUUUUUUGGUUGUCUUCAACAAAACUGGAAACUCACGGAACCAGAACAAGAACGAGACGAAGACGAAGCAAUUCGAAGCACCAGCCAGAUUAUGGGUUUCUGAAGCGAUAUCCUCAAGUUCAAGAGAGAGGGAAAAAAAAAGCCAAAGAGAACAAAAAAAAGUUUUUUUUUUCUGUAAGAGGAGAUAGAAAGUUAUCAUUUGCUUUUUCUGUGGAGAGAGAGAGAGAGAGAGAGAGAUGAUGAAUCUCUCACGUAGGGAUUGAGAGUACAUAUCAUUAGAGAGAAGGGAAAAAAAAAAGAAUCCAGAAAAAGUUGAAGAUCUCUGAUUUUUUUUUUUGAUUAUGUGUUCUUGGGAUCAGUAAGCGUUUUCAUAUAUCCUUUUUUUUUUCUUAUGAGAGAUUUUGCUUGGUCUCCUUGAUACCUACAGUAACAUUAUCUGCGGCUUUCCAGUGCUUCAUGAUCUGCAGCUUCGAGAUUCGCUCACAUGAUCUGAUACAAGAACAAGAAGAAGAAGAAGAAGAACAAAAAAAAAGAAAUCUAUGGCGACUUAUUACACAAGUGGCUCAAGCAAUGACAGAGAGAACUUGCCCAGUUCAUUUCCAGAAUCUCAAUUUCUUCCUGGAAGUGCAAUGAUGUACGUGAACCCAGCAGUUUCUUACUCAGACGCUGUCGCCAUAGCCACCUGUUCGGUCGGAGAAGGAACCGAGGAUACCGUUUCAGCUUCGCAAGAGAGGCAAGUGCUGUCCGGUUAUGGCGGAUCUUCACAAAUUCAGGAGUUCGGUUAUUGGAAAGAUCAUGAUGGAAUUCAUCCGAUGUCGGGUGGUACCGGGAUUCUUCGGACAGGACAGGGUUUGUCCCUAAGCCUCGGCUCUCAGAUUCUUCCCAGUGCUCUUCAUCAGAUGAACAAUCAGAGUGUACCCUACCGGGGAAAUCCAAAUCUCGCCGAGCAAACCCGAAGCUACGAGUAUGCAGAGCAGGUUUUUUCGGGUGGGAAUCCGAAUCAGUAUUCGGGUGGUUCCACAAGAACGAUUCCGAAUUCUAAGUAUCUGAAGGCGGCUCAGCAGCUUCUCGAUGAGGUAGUCAAUGUGAGGAAAGCUCUGAAACCGUUUCAGCCCGACGGAGAGAAGAAUGAUGAGCAUUCGGGUCAGAAACAGGUCGGGAGUUCGAAGGAAGGAAGCGGAGAUACAAAUCAAAAUCCUCCCGGGGACGUCUCUCAAGCCGAGAGGCAAGAACUGCAGAGCAAGUUGACGAAGCUCUUGUCGAUGUUGGACGAGGUGGAUAGAAGGUACAAGCAGUAUUACCACCAAAUGCAGAUCGUUGUGUCUUCGUUCGACGUGAUAGCCGGAUGCGGAGCUGCAAAGCCAUACACAGCCCUCGCGUUACAGACGAUAUCCCGACAUUUCCGUUGCCUCCGUGACGCGAUAUCUGGACAGAUAUUCGCAGCUCGGAAAAGCCUCGGGGACCAAGACGGGUGUGAUAGCAGAGGAGUAGGGAUAAGCCGGUUAAGGUACGUGGACCAACAGCUCCGGCAGCAAAGAACGUUGCAGCAGCUCGGCGUGAUGCAGCAGCCGCACGCUUGGCGCCCUCAACGCGGUUUACCUGAGAACUCUGUCCUGAUCCUCCGAGCUUGGCUCUUCGAGCAUUUCCUCCACCCGUAUCCUAAAGAUUCGGACAAGAUCAUGUUGGCGAGACAAACAGGGUUGAGCCGAAGCCAGGUCUCGAACUGGUUUAUAAACGCACGCGUGCGGCUCUGGAAGCCGAUGGUGGAGGAGAUGUACAAGGAGGAGUUCACCGAGGUGAUGGAGAAUGAAUCCAACUCGUCCUCCGAAAACACACCGAAAACGGGUGGAGCCGACGAGACAAGACCGCAUUCAGAUGAUCAAGCUCAGGAUAGUAUCACACAGGACAAGCUACACGGUUCCAGAGCCGACAAUACCUUCCAGACGGGAUACGGGCAAGGAUCCGAUGCAGGCGGCGCUAACGUGUUCCACGACGACCCGAUGAUCCACGUCGAUCAAAUGGGCAGCGGUGGACGGUUCGUGGCCACGGCUUCUUCUUCAUACAACGUGAUGGAAAUGGGGAGAUUCGGCAGCGGAGGCGGAAGUGGUGUGUCUCUGACUCUGGGACUGCAGAAUUCCGACGGGCGGAAUGCUCAGCCUGUGGCAGGUGGUUUCUCCGGGAUGAGAGGGGACGAGAUUUACGGAAGCACCACCCACGGGGCAGAGUUCGAGUACAUAAACAUAAACCCGGGGCACCGCCAAAACCGGCUCAGCCAUUCCCAGCUGUAACAUCAUUUUGUAGCUUGAAGAGAAAGAAGACGGAGAGGAAUAAGGCCUAGGUCUGAUAUAUCAUUAGUCAGUCAUAUCUGUAAAGAGAAACAAAACAUUCUUUUUUUGCUUCCAGGGCCAAGGCUCUAAUGCAAGAAAUCUGUGUAUGUGGAGGAGAUAAGUGGGAAAAAACCCUACCAAAGGGCAUCAUCAUAUUCA